GUCGUUUCCUUGGAGACCAAACGGUGGACCUGCCGGUUGUUUGCAGCGCCCCCCUCCCCUUCUCAAAACUCACUGGUGGAUUUCUUUUUAAAGACUGUUAAUGGUUCAAGUUUUACUGUCUGUCAUCUGAAAGCUGCGAAGAAAAAUGGCGGACGAAGACGCAACCACCUUGGCAACUCUUAAUUACUACUGCCGUGAGAGGCUGUUCAGAACCAUGCAGAAAACUUCCAUGGAGGGACUGAAGAAGUACGGCAACGAUCCCGUGCUCAUCUUCUUCAAGGCUUACGGCAUCCUCCUAGAAGAUCGCCUGCAGGAAGCCAUGCGAGAACUUGAGGCCAUCAAGGACAAGCGGGAUGUGAACUUAUGUUCCACCUUGGCACUGAUGUAUGCACACAAGAAGUGCAAGACUGUUGAUCGUGAAGCAGUAGCAGAAUUGGAUGCAAAGCUGAAAGAUGAGAGGAAGCAAGCUGGGGAAAAGGCCCUGUACUUUGCUGGAUUAUUCCUGUGGCACACAGGCAGACAUGACAAGGCUAGAGAGUACAUCGACAGGAUGCUCAAGAUAUCCAACGGGGCCAAAGAUGGCCUGAUCCUCCGAGGCUGGAUAGACCUAACAUGUGGCAGGGACCAGUAUGUCAAGAAGGCUGCCAAGUACUUUGAUGAGGGCAUGUCGAGUUCCCAGGAUGCCUUUGCUCUCCUGGGAAAGGCGGAGUACUACGGGAUGCGGCACAACUACAGCGGCGCUCUGGAGGUCGUGAACCAGGCUAUCGUUGCCUUCCCCAGCUUCCUGCCUGCCCUGGUGGAGAAGAUGAGGGUCCAGCUGGCACUACAGGACUGGGAACAGACCAUAGAAACUGCACAGAGAAUUCAGGCUAAGGACUCCCACUGCCUGGAGGCCCACCGUAUGCUGGUGCUACACAUGCUGUGUAGGGAGGGAAGCUAUAGUGAGGCCAGUAACAAGCUGGGAGAGCUGAUACAGUACUUGGACAGGUUUGAGCCCCAGAACCCAUACCUGUACAUGGACAUGUCCCAGGCCUUCUGUAGACUGGCAGGACGUAACAUCCAGGUCCUACAGCAGACCUUCACCCUGGUGGACCGUGCACUGGGCAUGGCACAGAACAGUGCAGAGAUCGCCACCGAGCUGGGGUAUGAGUUCCUACUCCAGGGGAAGAUCAGGGAGGCAGUCAAGUGUUACAGGAACGCCAUGAAACUGGACGAGACCAGCGUGGCCGCUCUGACUGGCAUUAUAAAGUGCCAGCUGCUAGAUGGUCAGCUUGAAGAUGCAGAACAACAGCUGGAGUUCCUGACUGAGAUUCAACAGUCCAUCGGCAAGUCUGGGGAGCUGUCGUACCUGAGUUCUGUGCUGGCCCGGAAGAGACACCAGCCCCCAGAGAAGGUCCUGGCACUGCUGAAUGAAUCAGUCGAGGCUCAUUUCUCCACCCUCAAGGGUCUGCCUCUAGGCCCUGAGUACUUCACCCGACUGAAUCCAGACUUUCUACUGGAGGUCAUCAACGACUUCAUGCUGUUUGCACCCACACAGCCUAGCUCCCCAGGCCAGCCUGUGGGCCCUGUCCUGAAGAGAUGCCAGGGUAUGCUGGACCCUCUAACCAAGGCUGUACCAGGCCUGCUGGAGGGGCUAUAUCUGCUGUCCAAGUGUAAAUUCCUUUCAGGAGAAGUGGACUCUGCCUUCAACACCCUACACCAUGUACUGGAGCAGGAGCCCACAUAUUCAGAUGCACAUCUGCUGAUGGCUGAGAUCCACCUCCACCAGGGGAACUUUAAACUCUCCUCCCAGUCUUUGGAGAUGGCUCUCAGCUACAACUUCGAGAUCAGAGAAUCUCCCAAGUACCACCUGAUCAAGGCUCGUGCCUCUAAGAAGAUGGGUCAGCAUGAGGAGGCAGUGAAGACUCUACAGAUGGCCAUGAACCUUCCUGGGCUGAAGAGGAGUGGCAGUGCCUCUACCAAGAGGAGUAAGGUUGAGAAGAUCAGCACCACAGAUAAGGUGUCUGUGUACCUGGAACUGGCUGAGGCACACAGGAUGCUGGGACAACAGCAUGAAGCUGCGAAGGUUAUGCAGGAUGCCAUCAACGACUUCCAGGGCACCCCGGAGGAAAUCCGCAUCACCAUCGCUAACGCCGACCUGUCACUCAACCGUGGAGACAUCGAGAUGUCACUGAGCAUGCUCCGAAACAUCACACCUGAGCAGCCGUACUACGUCCAGGCCAAGGAGAAAAUGGCCGACAUCUACCUUAACCACCGCAAGGACAAGAGACUAUUCGCCAGCUGCUACAGGGAGCUUCAUGAGAAACAGCCCAGUCCACACACUGCCCUGCUGCUAGGGGAUGCCUAUAUGAGUAUCCAGGAGCCUGAGAAGGCAAUAGAGGUGUACGAGUCUGCUCUGAAGAGGAACCCACGGGAUGCCACCCUGGCCAGCAAGAUUGGGCAGGCUUUGGUGAAGACUCACAACUAUGGCAAGGCAAUCAAUUACUACGAGGCUGCGUUGAAGUCUGGCGGGCAGAACUUCCUGCGGUACGACCUGGCAGAGCUGCUGCUGCGACUGCGACAGUACGACAAGGCAGAGAAAGUACUGAGGGUGGCACUGGAGAAGGAAACAGCCUCAGACCUGCAGGCCUUGAUGGACGAGACUCGCUGCCAGGUUCUCCUCUCCAAGGUGCACCACAAGGCAGGGAAGAUCGAGGAGGCCUUAGGAGCCCUGAACAAGGCUAGGGACGCACAGGCUAGGGUGCUGAAGAGAGUCCAUGUGGAGCAGCCGGAUGGUGUACCCGCUCAGAAACAGUUGGCUACCAGCAUCUGUAGCCAGAUGGCCCAGCAUGCUAAGGAGCAGAGGGACUAUGACAAGGCCAUCAAAUUCUACAAGGAGGCGCUGGUGUACAGUGAUAACGAUGGCAAGGCUAUGCUGGAGUUGGCUCGCCUGUACCUUGCCCAGGAUGACCUGGAUGCCUGUCAGCACCAGUGUGCCAUCCUGCUGAAGACAGACAAGGAGAAUGAUGCUGCCACUAUGAUGAUGGCUGAUCUGAUGUUCCGUAAGAAUGAGUAUGACCAGGCCACCUUCCACUACCAACAACUGUUGGAGAGGUCUCCAGAACAUUACGAAGCGCUGUCCAGACUGAUCGACCUGCUCCGUAGGGCGGGUCGGCUAGAUGACGUCCCCAAGUUCCUGUCCCAGGCGGAGAGCGCCUCGUCCCGCGCACCCAUGGACCCCGGAUUCAACUACUGCAAGGGGCUGCAGGAGUGGUACACAGGAAACCCCAACAACGCCCUCAAACUGUUCAACAUCGGGCGGAAGGACCGUCAGUGGAGUCAGAAGGCCGUGGUGAACAUGAUUGAGAUCUGUCUGAACCCUGACAACGAGACCAUUGGGGGAGAGACCUUCGAGAGUGUGACUGACGAUGCAAGCUCUGCAGAAAAUGAACAACUUGCUGUGAAGACAGCAGAGAAGCUGAUCAAGGACCUGAAGGCAGAUCCCAACUCUUACCAGCAGCGAAUCUUGGAGAACUACGUCCUGAUGGCCACAAAGUCCAAGUCUAAUGUGGAGAAGGCUCUAUCUGCAUUCAUGGAGAUUGUUACUGUUGAGAGGGACCAUGUAGGCUCUCUACUGGGCAUGGCCACAGCCUACAUGAUCCUGAAACAGACUCCACGGGCCAGGAACCAGCUCAAACGGAUCGCCAAGAUGAACUGGACAUUUGAGGAUGCUGAGGAUUUUGAGAAGAGCUGGCUGCUGCUGGCCGACGUGUACAUCCAGUCUGGGAAGUACGACAUGGCCAGCGAACUGCUGAAGAAAUGUCUGCAACACAACAAGUCCUGCUGUAAAGCCUAUGAGUACAUGGGGUUCAUCAUGGAGAAGGAGCAGGCAUACAGGGACGCCUCCAACAACUACGAACUGGCCUGGAAGUACAGCAACCAGUCCAACCCAACCAUAGGCUACAAGCUUGGCUUCAACUACAUGAAAGCGAAGCGUUACGUGGACGCAGUGGACAUCUGUCACAAGGUGCUGGCCGUCCACCCAAACUACCCAAAGAUACGAAAGGACAUUCUGGAGAAGGCUCGCAGUAUGAUGAGGGCUUAAACUGUUGGAGUUAGAGAACAGAUGAUAGAUUCAACAGAGCUAUUACCAUUUUAAGUCAUGGACAUGGGUAAAUGUCUUGAAUGUAAAUGUAUUGAGGUGCGUAACGGUUUGAUUUUGCUGUAAGGAGAAAAUGGAGUAUUCGUGGAGGUUUGUCAGGAGGUAACUAAAAACUACUGCUAACAUAAGACCACAUGCAGUGACUGUAAAGCUAAAUGCAUUUAUCCAGUGUUUUUUGUUUGGUGAUAACUAAACUUUUAUUCAUAUAGCCGCAGCAAACUUUGGGUGACAAGACUGUAGAUUUUGUGAUAUAAAAAGAGCAAGAGAAUAUAUGGCUUGAAAUUGCUAUGUGAUUUGUAUAUUUAUGACCAUAAAAAUAAUUCUAUAAUAGAAUGAUUUUUAAAAUUGAAUGCUUUGCUUUAUCCAACUUGAUUUUAUGUAUAACUUCUCACUGUAAGCAACAAAGCCAGGUUUGCACAUGUACAAUGUAGUUUUGCACUAAAUUUACCUUUCUAAUAUAUGAAGGUGAAGUCCAGUGAUCAGUACUUUAUUAGUCACUGCAUGUAUGUGGAUUGUGGAGACACUUUUUGUAUAUCUUGCAAACAUAUCGCUUGUUGUAACAGCUGUAGAAAUAAAAUGUAAAUAGCACAGACUAUUGAACGAAAAGAGUGAUUAAAAUUUGGAUAAAUGUA